AACUUUUAUUUACAUAAAGCUCUCACCUUUCAUUCUCCUCCAGCGACAGAAGCAUCGCGACCGUGUGUAAUCUAAAGCAAUCGUAGAUCUUCGAAGAUGGGUGGUGCGGUGAAGGAUAUAGCUUCAAAGUCCGAGCUUGAUAACUUGCGCCAGAGCGGCGCACCGGUGGUGCUUCACUUCUGGGCGUCGUGGUGUGAUGCUUCGAAGCAGAUGGAUCAAGUCUUCUCUCACCUCGCUACCGACUUCCCUCGCGCCCACUUCUUUAGGGUAGAAGCUGAGGAACAUCCUGAGAUAUCUGAAGCUUACUCUGUUUCUGCUGUUCCUUAUUUCGUCUUCUUCAAGGAUGGCAAAGAUGUAGACACACUUGAGGGAGCAGAUCCAUCAAGCUUAGCCAAUAAAGUUGGCAGAGUUGCUGGUUCCAGCACUUCUAAUGAGCCUGCUGCUCCUGCAAGCCUAGGGUUGGCUGCAGGGCCAACGAUUCUCGAAACCGUCAAGGAGAAUGCGAAAGCUACUUCGAAAGACCGAGCUCAGCCUUUAUCCACCACCACCACCACGGAAGCUCUCAAUACCCGUUUGGAGAAACUUACCAACUCUCACCCUGUUAUGUUGUUCAUGAAAGGUACCCCUGAGGAGCCUAGGUGCGGUUUCAGCAAGAACGUAGUUAACAUCUUGAAGGAGGAGGAAGUUGAGUUCGGAAGUUUCGAUAUACUUUCGGACAACGAAGUCCGUGAAGGUCUGAAGAAGUUCUCCAACUGGCCAACGUACCCUCAGCUGUACAGCAACGGAGAGCUACUCGGUGGAGCUGAUAUUGUGAUAGCGAUGCACGAGAGCGGCGAGCUGAAGGAAGCUUUGACUGAUGAAGCUGGAAAAGGAGGAGGUGGGAUCAGUUCAGGCAACGCAGGAGGGUUAAGCGAAACGCUCCGAGCUCGGCUCGAAGGGCUUGUUAACUCAAGUCCAGUGAUGCUGUUCAUGAAAGGAAAGCCAGAAGAGCCAAAGUGCGGGUUCAGUGGGAAAGUGGUUGAGAUUCUCAACCAAGAGAAGAUCGAGUUCGCAAGCUUUGAUAUACUCUUGGAUGAUGAAGUUCGCCAAGGGCUUAAAGUGUACUCAAACUGGUCGAGUUACCCUCAGCUCUACGUCAAAGGCGAGCUUCUAGGGGGAUCAGACAUUGUCUUGGAGAUGCAAAAGAGCGGCGAGCUGAAACAAGUUUUUUCCGAGAAAGGAAAGAGUCUUGAAGAGAGAUUGAAGUCGUUGAUUAACUCUGAGAAGGUUAUGCUUUUCAUGAAAGGCUCACCGGAUGAACCAAAGUGCGGGUUUAGCUCCAAAGUUGUGAAGGCGCUGAGAGAUGAAGAUGUGAGUUUCGGGUCGUUUGAUAUAUUGAGUGAUGAAGAAGUGAGGCAAGGGAUUAAGAGCUUCUCGAACUGGCCUACGUUUCCUCAGCUUUACUAUAAAGGUGAGUUGGUUGGAGGGUGUGAUAUCAUUAUGGAGCUGAGUAGCAGUGGUGAUCUCAAAGCAACAUUGUCCGAGUAAAAGCAAUAGUUUCUCUCUUCUAUUUUUUGCCUUUUGGUGAGAAGAUGAUAUUUCUGGUAAUAAUAUGUUUAGGUGUUGCAAACAUUGUUGUUACUUAGGGUUUGUAUUAUUUAUAUGAUUGGGGAAACAUUUUUUCGCAUGUCAUUUUUUUUUU